CCUGAAACGCCUGGAAAUCACCAUCGAGAUCCGAGGUUUGCCGAUCGCCGGCGGGAAUGGGGUUUCAUAUGCAACGACGCGCUCGGCGGCAACCGAUUCCUACAUAUAAGCCAUCGCUGUCCCUCACCUCAGCUGAAACCAACAAUCCCAUGACUGACAUUCUUUACCAUCCAUCAUGACUACCAACGUUCCAUCCGGCUUCAUCGGCAACCUGUCCCAGGACCAGGAAGCCAAACUCCAGCAGCUCUGGUCUCUUGUCCUGACUCUCCUUGAUAUCCAAUCCCUCCAGCCUCAGAAUGGGGACCCAGUGCAAUCCUCGCUCGCCCGCGCCGACACGGCCGUCUCUGCCAACAGCGGCACGGCUUUCACGGAUGACCUGUCCCAAGUCCUCCGCGAUAGCGGCAUGACUCCCGCCGAGAUCAAAGCGAUCCGCGACAACCUGGGCCACAGCUCGAUUGACGACCUCCGCUCGGGUUUUCUUUACACAUCCAAGCACGACUCCCCUGACGUCUUGCUGCUUCGCUUCCUGCGGGCCAGGAAGUGGGAUGUCAACAAGGCCUUUGGAAUGAUGCUGAGGGCGAUCGUCUGGCGGGUCCACGAACAGCACGUUGACGACCAGGUGAUCGCCAACCCCGAGCUGAACGCGGUCGCCACGUCGCAGAACACAGCAAACCCCCCGGCUGCUAAGGCAGCCAAGGACUUCUUGGAGCAGCUGCGCAUGGGCAAGUGCUACAUGCAUGGCACCGACCGACAGGGCCGGCCCGUGCUGGUGGUCCGAGUGCGACUCCACCAGCCCUCCAAGCAGAGCGAGGAGGUGCUCAACCGGUUUAUCCUGCAUACCAUCGAGACGGCCCGGUUGUUGCUGGCGCCUCCGAGUGAGACAGUCACUAUUAUCUUUGACAUGACUGGUUUCGGGCUCUCGAAUAUGGAAUACGCGCCGGUGAAGUUCAUCAUCAAAUGUUUCGAGGAGAACUACCCGGAGUCGCUGGGUAACAUGCUCAUCCACAAUGCUCCUUGGGUUUUCUCUGGAAUCUGGAAGGUUAUCAAGGGCUGGAUGGACCCGGUGAUUGUCUCCAAGGUGCAAUUCACCAAUAAGGUGUCCGAUCUCGAGAAGUUCAUCGCUCCCGAUCAGAUCAUGAAAGAGCUGAAGGGCAAGGAGGAUUGGACUUACUCAUUCGCCGAGCCCGUCGAGGGAGAGAACGAUCGGAUGGCCGACACGGAGACGCGCGAUCGGAUCUACAACGACCGCCUGCGGAUCGGCGAGGACCUGCUGCUGCGCACCUCGGCGUGGAUCACCGCCAGCGAGCAGAAGGACCGGGACAGCAUCGCAGCGACGAAGAACCUCCGGGCGCAGACGAUCGAAUCCCUGCGCCAGAACUACUGGCAGCUGGAUCCUUACGUGCGCGGGCGCACGUACCUGGACCGGGUGGGAGUCAUCCAGGAGGGCGGGACGAUUGAUUUCUACCCCAGCCCCAACUUCCGAUCCAACUCCGCGACGGCCAAGACCUUGGAGGUAGGGCACUUCGAGCGCACGCAGUUGAAGGUCGUCGAUUUGUGAUGAAUUGCUGAGAGAUUGGCAUGUGUAGGAUCAUGUAGGCUAGUUUGCGGCGUUUGCUCCAUCAACUGGCCGGUUGGUGUAGUUGGUUUAUCACGUGUCCUUAACACGGACAAGGUCCUGGGUUCGAGUCCCAGACUGGUCAUUUUUUGGUGUUGUUUGUUUGUUUAUAUCCUGGUGG